CUUGGGGGUUAGGUCUUUAGGCAGUUUUCUUCGUCAGUGACACCAGCAUUUACCAGUUAAGCUUGUACAAAUCAAGUUUUGCCAAUUUGACAUCGCUAAAUGGCCAUGGGGGGCAGGUGAAUGAAAGUCCAGGAGAAUUGACCCUUUUCCUGACUUUUCUGAGCCUGAAUCAAAACCCCUUCCUGGAGAAGUAAUACCUGGUAUAUCAGACACUUAAAUAUUGUGAGUACUUGCUGAUAAGAAGAUCUCCUUACAGGAUCUUUGUGAAACUACUUGCAAUUGGAUGUUCAGCUCUUAGGGUUUGCUAGUCUUUUUGCACAGGAGUUUGUGGAGGGGAAGUGUGACUUUAUGGGGGGCCUGCAUCACAUGAAUUGGAAGCUGCUCUGAACAGGAGAUCAUGUUGGUUCUCCACGCUGUGACUGGUGAAGUUCUUCCUUCUCCCUUGCUCAUGAGGGGAGCACCUUACCCUGAUACUAUGGGACAGAAGAUGGGGAGUUCCGGUUUUGUCUUUGUGAUUUUGUUUGUUUGCAGAUGUGAAAUCCAAGUCCUAUUGGAAGUAAUCCAGAAAGCAUAGUUCCACAGGAGAGGGCAAUGGUAUCAGAGGGAGGAAUCUGACAUUAAUUGAACACUGACAAUGAGUCCUAUAUUAUGCUCUGAAUUGGAGCAAAUAUGGGACUGGAUGCUCUUGAGGCCUACUGGUUGAGGAUAUACACGUCUAAUGUGUCAGUGAGAAAUUUUAAAAUAUAAUGAGGGUUACACCCAGUAAGAACUAUAGACAUUGAGAGGGCCAUGAGAGUAUCAGGAAGGGGUGGGAGCGAUCAUGGGAUACUGAUAUGAAGAAAAGCUAGGGGUUUUAAAGGAUCUCCUCAGAUGAGCAUUUCCAGAAAGGUCCAACAUUUUGUCAGUAGGACUCUUGCUCUCUAUCUUUCACACCUGGAGAAACUCAGGCUGAGUGGGAAAGUAGGCUGAUCUUGCAGUUUGUAAAAGCUGUAAAGCCAAGUUUACCUUGCUGACAUUUCAGCUCUGCAAACUAACCAAAGAAUCUGAAAGAGAAAACCAUGUAUUCUGGAGUCACAGUAGGUGGUAAUUGCGUCAAAUUGACUGUUAGGAACUCAAUCUUUACAUUGGGUUUUUAAAAAUGUGUGUAGUUUCCCAACUUGCAGUGACAUUAAAGAAGUUGGUAAGCAUUUGAAGAAUAUGUUCCUACUCAGUGUUUGUAUGUUCCUAUUCCUGCUUCAGGAACUGCCAGGGGGUUGACCUGCAUGCAGGUCUUUCUUCCUGAGGGUGCUACUGGGCCACACAGCACUGAGACUGGUGAUGGCCCAGAUUCACCAGGACAGAGAAGUACACGCUUCAUUAUCUACAUGCUUCAUUCAAAAAGAGAAGUGUGUUUACAUUUAAUGUUGCCAUUGAAAUAGUUGAAAUAAUUUGUGGGGCUUAGAGAAAUAAGUCCUAGCUUGAAAAAUUUUAUGCUGCAUUAUUCUUGAACUCUCCUGGAUAAAUGAAAUGUCAAUAUGGAAAGAUAGCUGUCAAAAAAGACAAUUUGGUAGGAGUUGCUGGAAUUGAGUCUCUCCUCUGCCAUUUACCAAAUAACUUAGGGUGAGUGUUGAGCUACUUGUUAUUUUAUCUGUAAAAUAAAAAUGGGGAUGCUUGCUGUUUCUUAGGGUGCUUGUGAGACAUAACUGAUCAAGUGGUAAGUGCCCACCAGCAUGGAAAUACUCCAUGAUACUUCAUUAUUACUGCAAUUCCAACUUUCACUAAAACAAAAUGAUUCAUUUUGAUGUGUUUAUUAAAAAAACCAGGGCACCUGAGUGGCUCGGUUGAGCAUCUGACUUUUUUUUUUUUUUUUAAACAUUUUUUUUUAACGUGUAUUUAUUAUUGAGAGAAAGACACAGAGCGUGAGCAGGCGAGGGGCAGAGAGAGGGGGAGACAUAGAAUCUGAAGCAGGCUCCAGGUUCUGAGCUGUCAGCAAAGAGCCCGACGCGGGGCUCGAACUCACAAACUGCAAGAUCAUGACCUGAGCCAAAGUCUGUCACUUAACCAACUGAGCCACCCAGGCGCCCCAGAGCAUCUGACUCUUGAUUUCAGCACAGGUCAUGAUUCCAGGGUCAUAGAAUCAAGCCCCAUGUCGGGCUCCAUGCUGAGCAUGAAGCCUACUUAAGAUUCUCUCCUCCUGCCCCUCUCCUGCUCGCACCCUCUCUCCCUGUCUCUCUAAAAUACAAAACAAAGCAAAACGUGAUCUUUUGAUCAAAGCCAUUUAUAAUUUCCCCCUUGUUAAGUUCCUGAAUUCUGUUCUCUUUCCUGCCCUUCCACUCCUUGAUGGUCCCUGCCCUCUGGUCAGUGCGGCUCUGAUUCCAGUGCUUCUCACAGGGAUGACCUUUACCUCUAGCUUGUAGCAAAGGGUUCUUUCGCCUUCUCCCAAGGACUGAGAUCUGCCCAGUGUAGGCAGUGUGUUCCCUCAGUUCUCACAACAGCCCUAUGAGGUAUGGUCAUUAGGAAACCUCGGAGGAUGAAGGUAACGAGAAAGGCGCAUAGAAGCCAAAGAAUAGGUUAUCCUCUUCUCAUUUGUCCUGAGUUUUUGAACUAUACUAGUGGUCCCAAUGAUUCCAGACUUUCUGAGGUCAGGUUUCCCCCAAAGGGUUUGGUCAGUAGAGUAAGGCAGGUAUGAGUCACCUGUGUGCUGGCUGCCAAAGCUACUCAGUCCUGACUGAGCUGUGUGGGAGUUAUCCACCUUCCCUGCAUUCCUUGCUCCCCUUCCAGGAGCAGGUAUCACCACUGAAGCUCUAUAAAGUAGGGGCGUGGGGAGGUGGAGUGCUGUGCAUGGUUGCACAGGAAACCUUUAGAGAGCCCAGAGUUGGCAGAGGAAAUGAGCCCUGCACUGGGAAGCAAGAAUGCUGCAUUCGAGUUCCUUUUCCGACCAUAUGUGGCUGACAGUCAGCCAGGCAGGGCAAGCCACUUCCUUAGAGGGAAAUGCUUGGUUUCUUUAUCUAGGAAGGGAGAUGGUUGAAACAGGUGAUCUCUGAGGUCCCUUCGGAUCAUGCAUAUGAGUCUUAACACCCAGUGUCAGUUAUACCCACAUGUUAUUAGCCCUAGCAUCACUUGGAGGUGGGUCAGAAUGAAUCUAUCAUCUUGUUAGAUCCACUUUUCGAAGGUAGUGAUUUUGGGGCUUCUCUAUUUGUGGGUAUUUUCUGGGAUGUUUCCACUUAUCUCAAGGGGUUUUAUUUAAUUCUUAGAAAAAUUUUAGAAUAAAAGUUUUUGUUUAGCUUUAUUUUAAUUUGCUGAAAUAUAAACCUAGUUUGUUUUUUUAAAAAUAAGUAUUUUGAGAGUGUGAGCAGGGGAAGAACAGAGGGAGAGGGAGAGAGAAUCCCUAGCGAGCUCUGCACUGUUAGUGCAGGGCUCAGUCCCACCAACCUAGGAUCAUGACCUGAGCCGAUCUCAAGAGUCGGAUGCUCAACCCACUGAGCUACCCAAGGGCCCCUAAACCUAGUUAACUUUCUUUUUGAAAUCUGAUACCUCAGUGAUGAAUGCUGAAUUCUGCCUGGCCCAUUAUUAACCAGCAUGUAAUCCUAGCUCAUUCUCUUCAGUCUUUCCUCAAAGGAGAGAAUGAAAAUUUUAACUUCUUUUCCUAAAUAUUUUUACUAUUAAACCCCGAGUAUGUUUCCACAGCCUGUAGGAGGAUAUUAGCUUCUGCUGGGAUUUACCAUCCUGCUAAUAGUUCUCCCAGCAGGUACUUUUGGUUGCAAACUAAGCCUUCCUACAUUUAAGUAUCAACAUUUAACCUUGCCAUAGAUAGGUCAGCUCAUGCGAUCUUACAGAUGUGUGCUGUUCUAUUAAUUUAAGUGGAUAGAGUCCUGAAUGAGAGCUAUAAUAAAGCUGGAUAAAAUCUCCAAAAAUAUAGCCUAAAGUUGGGAUUGAACUGUGUGCAUAGUUCUAUUUUUAAAAAUGUUCCUGUGACUAAUAAAACAUAAUGGUCUGUUUGGGAAAAUAGAGAACCAAAAUGAUAUUACCACCUCACUAUAGCUAUUACAAUUUAUCUUUGAUGAACAUGAAAAACCAGUUUUGAAAGUGACACUUCGCAAUAUAUCCAGUGGUACCAGCAAGUCGGGGAUUAAGCAUUUGACAUUGAGAUAGGGAUUUAGGGACUAAGAAUGUUUUUAAACUUUGAGUGUAAAGUCAGAGUUCUGAAAAUCCUGCAGAAGUGCAAAUACAUGUCACAUUUAACUCUAAUGGAUGAUAAAAAAAAAAAUUAGGAUUAACAUAGGGAUGCUGUAUAACAUAGGGAAGCUGAUGAAGGGUUCCAAGUUCUUUAAGCAAACUAAUUCCCAGAGAUAACUCCAUGCACUUAGUGAUUGGGGCAGGUGAGAAGGGGUGGCCCUCCUAACAGUGAUCAUUUUUAUUAAGAGCUUACUAUAUGCACUAAGCGCCAUGUAAAUUGCCUCAUUAAAUCUUCCCUACUGUCCUCUGGGAUGGUUUUACUCUCCCUGUUUUACCAAAGAGGAAGUACAGUCUUAGAGAGGUCAGAUGAUUGCCCUGGUCCUCAUAGCUAGUAGCCCGUAGAUUUCCAGAUUCAAAUUCAGGGCUAUCUUGUUUCUUAACGACUGUAUUCUAACCAUCAUACUAUGCUGCUGCUUUCAAAGGGCUGAGACUGCUCUCAGGAAGUGGUCACAGCUACAUCUAUGAGUGAACCUGGUGUGACAACAGCCUGGGUACCAGUGUGCAGAGAUGAAAUUGAAGACCUUCCAUAAUCGGAUCCCAAAGUUUGAAAAGAUGUUGAUGGAGGUCCAGUCCAAAGAGCCACCUAAUAUAUGAUUGCCCAUUGGAAUGUCACUACCUGAUGUUCGCUAGCGUCUUGGUGUGACCUUCUGAGAGCUGGUGAAGAAGUCUUCUAUGUGUUGAGGUAUCACCCUGAAUGGAGAAGAGACCAUCAAAGAAAGUUAAGUCCCUGCUGCUGUUGAUGUUGGAGCUCACCCUCCUGAGGGAGGUGACAGCCUGGAAAAACCCUAAAGCAGGGGAUACAGCCCUGUGCCCUCCCCUGGAGGAUAACAGCGUGAGGGUGGACAUUCGCAUCCUCAGGCAAAACCAGGGGGCUAUUUCCAUCUCAAAUGAUUUCCAGAACCGCUCCAGUUCCCCCUGGGAUUACAACAUCACCCGGGACCCCAACCGGUUCCCCUCGGAGAUCGUGGAGGCCCAGUGCAGGCACUCAGGCUGCAUCAACGCCGAGGGGCAGGAAGACAGCUCCAUGAAUUCCGUUCCCAUCCAGCAGGAAUUCCUGGUCCUGCGGAGGGAGCCCCAGGGCUGCUCUCGCACCUUCCGGCUGGAGAAGGUGCGGGUGACUGUGGGCUGUACCUGUGUCACCCCCAUCGUCCGCUAUGUGCGCGCCUGAACCGCCGCUUGGCUGAAGAAGCUGGAAAAUGCCAUUCCUUACCCAGCGCUCUUCAGCCAGUCCUGUGCAGUCCCAUUUUUCUCCACUUCAUA